AUCUCUCUUGGUGCGUUUGUUGUCUACAUUUCGUUAGAGAGCUACCAAAGGCAUAAAAGUCUCCGAACUUCAAAGCCAUAGGAAGCUUUCAGCCAUGUUUUCGAAGCUCCUAAUGUGGUUUAUCUUCAUGAGCUAUGCGGUUUCCAAAGGUGACGGUGUCGAUUUCAUUUACAAUGGAUUCCGUGGCGCUAACAUGAGCUUGGACGGCGCGGCAGAGAUCACAUCCGAUGGCCUCCUCUAUCUCACCGAUUCCGAACAACAAACGGGUCAGGCCUUCUUCCCCAUUCCUCUUCACUUCAAAUCUUCACGAGGUAAAACUCAAUCCUUCUCUACCAAUUUCGUCUUUGCGAUCGUACCCCAAUUUCCGAAUGUGAGUAGCUUCGGCGCCGCCUUCGUGAUCUCAUCUUCGAAAGAAUUCCCAGAAAGUCCCUUGGGCGAAUACAUGGGCAUCUUCUAUCCGAAGAACACCCACAAUUCAUCAAACCACACAGCUGCCAUCGAGCUCGACACGUGCUAUAAUCCAGAAUUCGAUGAUAUCGAUGACAACCAUGUCGGAGUUGACAUCAAUAACUUAAAAUCCAUCCAUUCCGCUCCUGCAGCUUACUUUAGUAAUACGAGCGGUGAGCUCAAGAAUCUAAGCCUUAAAAGCGGCGAAAUCAUGCAUGUAUGGGUAGAAUACAAUGGUCUCGGAAACCUUCUCAAUGUAACAUUAUCUCCUAUCGGCUUACCUAAACCUGAUCUUCCACUCUUGUCAACGGAGGUGGAUCUUUCAUCAAUCAUGUUAGACGACAUGUAUGUAGGUUUCUCUUCAUCAACCAGAGUUUUUUCAGUAUAUCAUUACAUCUUGGGAUGGAGCUUUAAGAUGAACGGUCAAGCUAAGGCCCUUGAUCUCUCGUCCCUGCCUAAGCUUCCACGGAAAGGACACAAAAAGAAAUCGGAGCUUUUAACAAUUGGGUUCCCCGUAAUUGUGCUAUUUUCCAUUUUAGCGGCCAUCUCGGCCAUCGGUCUCAUCGUGAGAAGGAAGAUCAAGUUCGCUGAUGUAUUCGAGGACUGGGAAUGUGAAUAUGGACCCCAUCGGUUCUCGUACAAGGAUCUAUUCAUGGCCACCAAGGGCUUCAAAGACAGAGAGCUAUUGGGGGUCGGAGGUUUUGGCAGGGUUUAUCGAGGCAUGCUAUCGGCCUCAAAAAUCGAAGUGGCUGUGAAGAAAGUCUCUCAUGAAUCUCAACAAGGGAUGCGGGAAUUCAUAUCUGAGAUUGUGACCCUCGGCCACCUCCGUCACCGGAACUUGGUACAGCUUCUCGGCUAUUGCCGACGAAAGAGAGAACUCCUAUUGGUUUAUGAUUUCAUGCCCAAUGGAAGUCUGGACAAGUUCCUCUUUGACCAUCCAAAUUCACUGCUGACCUGGCACCAACGGUUUCGGAUAAUCAAAGGAGUAGCUUCAGGGCUUCUCUACUUGCAUGAGGAAUGGGAUCAGGUCGUCCUUCACAGAGACAUCAAAGCCAGCAAUGUUUUAUUAGAUAGCGAGAUGAAUGGUAGAUUAAGCGAUUUCGGCCUUGCCAGAUUGUAUGAUCAUGGGACCAAUCCACAGACGACUCACAUGGUGGGGACCUUCGGAUAUAUUGCACCGGAGCUGACUAGGACCGGGAAGCCCAACACAAGCACUGAUGUGUUUGCAUUUGGAGUUUUCAUGCUGGAGGUUGCUUGCGGGAGGAGGCCCAUCGAUACCCAAUCAUCAGUGGAUGAGGUGAUCUUGGUCGACUGGGUGUCGAUAUGCUGGAGGAGAGGGACAAUUCUGGUAGCGGCGGAUUCGAAACUGGUACAUGACUAUGAGGUGGAGGAGAUGGAGUUGGUGCUGAAGCUUGGAUUGCUAUGUUCGCAUCCGUUGUCUGCCGCAAGGCCGAGCAUGCGCCAAGUAAUGCAGUUUUUGGACCGCGAUGCACCUUUACCCGACCUCUCAUCUGAUGGUCUGCGUUCGGCCAUCCUGGGGGUGGGCCAUUAUAAAGGGUCCGAUGAUCUCCGCUUCUCAUUACCUUCUUCCACAACAUCGCUUCAAGAAUCGGUCCUCUCUGGUGGCCAUUGAUGGACGAUGGUAAGGUUUCGUAUGAUGGUGUGAGUUUGCUAUGCUUUAAGGAACCGGUAGCAUUGCUGGAAGACGUUGACAAAAAGCAGCGAGUUAAAAGUUGCCACAUGGGUGACGUGGUACGCUUUUUUGUCGUCUAGCUUUGUUACCGGUUUAAUGAAACGCAGAGAAAGUUCAUUCCAUGUAUUUUAUAAAUAAAGACUUUUUCUUUUCUUAGACUUCAUAAACAGAGUUACAUAGACGUGGACAUGCCACGUGGAAGAAUUCUGUUGAACUAAAUACAAGUAGUGACAUCUUCGGUCAUUCAAACCGUUUA